GCCAAACACGUAUCUGGAUAAGUCCAUUUGGGUCAUCACGGAGAGCACAUACAUACGCAUGCAUGACACUUUCCCUCCCUCCACGCAGUAAGGAAGGCACGUGGCGUCAUCCAUGUACAUGACAUCAGCGCUAGACUGACCGUGCAAUCCAAAACGUCAUCAUGAUGUCAUGCAAUGCCACUUGCCGCCCCCAAUGCACUGGGCUGCGGCCGUCCCUUCCCUGCUUGCCCCUCCGACCCUUCGCUGCCGCUCUUGUUGUCUCUUUCCUCCUGGCUGCUCUUGGAUGACCUGGACGAUUUCGGUGAAGAGGUGGCCGCCCGCCCUGCAAUCUUUCUGCCCAAUGAUGCGGCCUUUUCCCUCUUGAUCCUCUCCACUUCGGCUCUCACGGACGCCAUGAAGUCUGUGUUGGCCAUCGUCGUGGGGGCCUCGGUUGAAGACCGGCGGUUCGUGCGACGCUGCAGACAUGGAUGAUGGAUGGACACACCAGGAGACAUGAGCAGACAACAAUUCAGUGAGACAUGCAAGGAUGAAGGAUGCCGACCACGAUGGAUGCAAUUAUGCUGUUUCUCCUGGGGCUUCUCGUGCCUGCCAUUGCCGACACUGAAGAGGACCGACGCGACUUCCACGCGGCCCUCUGCCGCUGCCUGGAGGCAGGGGCAACCAUGAUACGGAUUUCCUGAGGUAUCUCGACAAAAUUCACGGACCGACUCCGCUGACGGGCGGCAAUCCUGCGCCACAUGCAUAAUGACUUGACGAGGUUCCCUCUGUUCUGGGCCUUGCUCACCUGGCAAAUUCAAUGCUUGCGCUGGGUCCUGUCUCGGUUGGAGGCCCUGGAUCUGAGACAAGUUGACUGAGCACACUCCCUUCCUCCCACUGAUGGCUCUCGGGCACCGUCAACAGCCCCCCCGCCGCCCUGCCCCCUUCCACAGGAGCAAGGAGCACCGGUUCACCGUCAGAAGAAGAAGACGGGCCAGGCUGUUGACGAGGACUUGGCUCCCCGUCGUGAAGAGAUGGACAGGAUGGCCGUCUCAAGAUAGAUUUGAGGGGCACAGCAUGGUGGUGAGGCCCAGGCAUCGACAAUCUCCUUCGCCGAUUCUUUUGCCGGCCGCCGACGGAUGAAAGGGCCACCGAGCGGCGCCUCCCUGACGCGGAGCUGUCGACAGAGCGGCGUCUCGGAUCUCUGUCUCUGUUGUUUGCGUUGUUGAUGAAGGCAUUGAGGGCUUGGAGUGUCUCGUUGUUAGAGCUGAUCGAAGAGCUCCUUCUUUGCGCGUUGCUUGGCUGGCUGCAGACAGACAAAUGAGGACCGAUUGAGACACAGACCGGGGAUGGAUCGACGGACACGUGAGGGCGUCUCGAGCUCACCCUGGCAGGUCAAUGGCAGAGACGAUCGAGGACCGUCUGCUCUUCCCUUCUGAGCUCAUCGACGACUUGCGGCUACUUGAAUCGGAGAAGACGCUGCGGCGCCUGAAUAAGACAGCGCAGAAAUGUGAUUUUCGUGUAUGUAAUGUGUGUACCAACCAGAGUGAAUGCGGACCUGCCAAUGACCGAGCCCUCUUCUACAAUGGAUGGCAACUCGCUUUUGUCAACGGUGCAGGCGCUGGAAGACCCUGCCGGGAUUGUGGCAGCCGUCUCCUCCAGUACCUUGGCCAGCUUGUCGGGAUGAAGGCCGUCCUUGGUAACCACAUGGAAGCACAUGGAAGGGAGACAUGGAAGCUGUGAAGGUAAUCAGUCAGUCUUCAGGCUGAGCCAUUGCCUCACUUGUGCCAUCAUGCGAUGCAGAAGGUCCUCACCCUCGAGCCAGUUGACGACACAAUACGACACAAAUGAGGUGCAGAUGACCGGCAGUAGCAAUGAAUACACGCUGCAAUAAACCACACACAUCUACCGCCCCCAUGUCUCACUUUUCGCCCCUCUCACCUGGUCAUCUCGUACACGAUGAUCGUCGUGGUCAAUGGGGCCCUCAUCAAGCCAGAGAAGAGCCCAGCCAUCCCCAGGAUCAUGCACGCCUUCAGCCACUCUCCAUCCCCACUCCAAAAGUAGAGUGCAUGCCCAACCAGUCCUCCAAACAUUCCUCCCGAAAUCAAGGCUGGCGAGAACAGCCCCCCAGGGCCGCCUACGCCACCCGCAAUGGCACAUGCGACAAUCUUGCCCAGAAAGAAUAUGGCAUACUGGUGCCAUGGCAGGAUGCAGGAAUUCUGCAGCGAUUUCCGCAAAGACCCAGUGCCGAUCCCCCAUAUGCCGUCCAGCCCGGUAGCAUGUUUCACGAUGGCACCGAUAAGGCCGACAACGAAGCCGCCCAAUGCCAUGUGGCACCACGGAGGGGGGUAGGGCAGCAUUCGGACAAAAUGACCUCGAUCAGCCAGAUGUCCCCUGACGAGCAGCAGGACGCGGCAAAAGACCUCUGCAAAUAUGGCGGUCAGCAGCCCCAGGGGCAAGGAGAUGAGCAUCCAAGGAUGGAGAGUUGCAGACCGCCUUGUUAUGUCAGACUUGAAGAAAGCAUGGUCUUCCAAGAGCAUGCGGCUGGUGAAAGUGCUCGCAACGGAGGCCACGAGGAUGGUAGCCACCCCCACUCUGGAGAGGGACUCGACGAGCUCUUCGAGGACGAAAGUAAUGCCGGCAAUAGGGGCGUUGAAGGCUGCAGAGAUACCAGCUCCAGCACCAACAGUGACGAGGCUCGGUAGAUAGGAGCACGGAAGCGGGCACCUCUUGGUGCAAAUGCUGUAGAUGGAGGUGACAAUCGAAGCAGCCAUGUGCACUGUUGGCCCCUCGAUUCCCAGCGGAUUGCCUGCAGCACAAGACAAGGGUGAAAACAUAGAUGUGCACAGAGCUUGACUGAUUGAGUGAUUGAGCGGCUUUCUCACCGAAACCCAGGUAGAUGGCGCCGAAAACCAUCCUCAGAGGGGCCACUCGAAGCGGCACUGGCUUGUUGAGCGUGGUGUGGAGCUUGGUUGGAAUAAGGCCGCUUCCCAGACACUCCGGGAACCACCGAUGAAUGAGGACGCCUACAAUAAGGCCUCCUAUUGUCGUGCUCAGGGUCAUCGACACAGCCUGAGGCACGCCAUACCUGACAUACAUCAACACAUGGAUGAAUACAGACGACGGCCACUGUGCAGUCAUUCUGCUCACCGAUGGUACAGAGUGUCCCUGGCGAGACGAGAGCUCACCAGCUCCUCGACAAGGUUCUCAGCCUUCUGCAGAUGCAGAACAGACAGGCGAGUACACUACUCAAACAUGGUGGCCCAGCCAGCCACAUAUAUACACACUGAUGUCCUUGGUACCUCGAAGGCCACCACUGCACCGCCGACAACAGACCCAGCAAGGAAACAAAACAGCAAAAGGGCCAGCAGGUGGCACGAUCGAAGCUGCAACGAAGAGCCCUGAGCGUCCCUGAAGCUGACGGCCUCCUUGAGAUCAUCCAUAACCGAGGGCAUUUCUUUCAAUGGCGUUUUUCAGAUCAUUUCCGUCAUCCUCGCGCGCCAUUUGGCCCAUUAUGGCGCUGUUGCGUUGAUGAGAUCUGCUCAGCUUAU